AUAAUGGAAUUAUCAAGAGAUAUCAUGGAUGGUCUUACUAAUAUUCUAAACACAAAUAUUAUUACUGAUGAUAUUUUUCUACAAAUUUUAGACAUGGCUACUUCGUAUAUAUAUGAGAAUCCUGCAGAAAUAAAAUGUAUUAUCAAAACGGUUGACUCAAAACCAAUUUUAACGAAGAAGAUUUUUGCUGAUAUGGUAUGUUUACUUGUAGAAGCUGCUCGGUAUGAUUUAGAUGAAGAAAGCUUAAGAAAUUUCUUAAAUCUUCUAUAUAUUGACGAAAAAAGAACUAACAAAUUAUGUGAAGUAUACAUUAACAAUAAAACAGCAAUACAGUCUCAGUUGGAAUUGAUAGGCAGUAAUCCACCACACAUCAUUGAUGUAGACUGGCAUUUGGAUUACUGUGUCAAGUUGGACAUGUGUAAUUCAUUGGGUGUUCCCCUUUAUCAUGUGCGAUUUACUACUAAGGAACAUGAAACAACAAAUCAUGUAACAUUUUCAUGUACAAUACAACAGUUGCAAGAACUGGUGUUUAAGCUCAAAGAUGCCAUCAGAUACUCAGAGAAGCUGACUAAUGUUUAA